AUGGAGGUUAUAGUCCCUGAUGAUGUUAUUGUGGAAGUGGAUGGCGCCUAUUCUCAUUUAGAUGACAAAGCAGCUUGUGGAGGCGUUCUUAAAGAUGGCAGCAAUUGUAUGAAGGAGGCUUUUCUUCUGAAAUUAAGUGGCGGAGAUACCCUCACAGCAAAACUAUGGGGUUGCUUGAUGGGUCUCAAAGGCGCGUGGGACGCUGGUACUGGAGAUGUUAUCUUGAGAAGCGACUCCGCCGAGGCUGUUCGAUUGAUCAAAUUUGAAGUCCCUGAGAUGCACAAGGAUAUUGCUCUCAUCAUGGAAAUCAAAGGGAUGCUAGAGGGGAUUGGUUUGUGGAUAUCCACGUCUUUCAUAGAGAUGGCUACUGAUAUUACGCGAACUGAAGUUGAGAAAGAUGGAGGUUAUACUCAAUGCUCUAGACAUCAAGGUCAGUUCGUUGUUGAAGAAGAUGAGUCCAUACUUCCAAGAUUCCAAAUCCUUGCAAUGGCGCAUGAUGCUGAUGGAGAUGGGGGCUCUUCAAGUUCUUCUGCUUCAACUAAGAGAUGGAAGUAUCAUGUGUUCUUGAGUUUUCGAGGGGAAGAUACUCGAACAAGUUUUACUGAUCAUUUGUAUACUGCUUUAAAAUGUAAAGGAUUAAAAACUUUUAGGGAUGAAGAAGAACUUGAAAGGGGAGAAUCUAUCACACCAAGUUUGAUACAAGCAAUUGAAGAAUCUCUUUCUGCAAUUGUGGUGCUCUCCCCAAGUUAUGCUUCUUCAACUUGGUGUUUGGAUGAGCUUCAAAUGAUUCUUCAUUUAAAGGAAGAGUUGAGUCUUCAGGUAUUUCCAAUAUUUUAUGGAGUAGAUCCAUCUGAUGUUAGGAAACAAAAGGGAAGUUUUGCAGAAGCAUUCAUGAAGCAUGAAGAAAGAUUUGCUCAAGACAUAACAAAAGUGCAAAGAUGGAGGGAUGCUUUAGGAAAAGUUGCCACUACAUCUGGUUGGGACUCAAAAAAUCAGUAUGAAACAAAAUUCAUUGAAAGCAUUGCUAAAGAAAUGAUGACAAAUUUACUUGAUGAAUCACCAUCUGACCUUCGUAUGUUAAUUGGGAUUGAAUCAAAAUUAGGUGAAUUGGAGUCAAUUGUAGCAAGGAAAUCACAAGGAGAUGGGUUUAUAGGAAUAUGGGGCACAGGAGGUUUAGGCAAAACAACUCUUGCUAGAGCCUUUUAUGAGCGAAAGCUUAAAGACUUCGAGAUUCACUGCUUUCUCCAUAAUAUUAGAGAGGCAUAUGAAAAAGAUGGUUUGAUGUCAUUGCAAAGAAGACUUCUUUUUUCUAUAGAUAAAAGAAGUAUGGAAGUGGAUAAUUUUUAUGAAGGAAUGAAGCUAAUAAAAAACAUGUUGGGCAACAAAAAAUUUCUACUCGUCCUUGAUGAUGUGAGUGACGUUAGCCAACUUGAAAAUUUGGCUCCAAAGCAAGGAUGGUUCAGCAAGGGAAGCAUAAUAUUAAUAACAACUAGGGAUAAGCAUUUGCUAUCAUCACAUGGUGUAUCUUCUAUGUAUGACAUCAAAUUCUUGAAUGAUAAUGAAUCACUUAAACUUUUCCUUCAAAAAGCUUUUAAAGGAGAGCAACCUAAUGAAGAUUAUUUGGACCUUGCUAGAACUAUCAUUAAAUAUGCUGGAGGCCUUCCUUUGGCACUUAAAGUGUUAGGUUCAUUUCUUUGCAAAAGAACUAUAAUGGAAUGGAAGGAUGCACUGGCUAAGUUCAAGAAGGCUCCUCCAAAGGACAUUUUGAAGAUACUUCAAGUGAGUUUUGAUGGAUUGGACAUUAAGGAGAAGACCAUAUUUUUAGAUAUCGCUUGUUUUUUCAAUGGGAUGGCCCAAGAUCAUGUCAUACAAAUUUUAGAAACUUUGGAUGAGAAUCUUCAUCCAAGAAUUGGAAUAACUGUUCUUAUUGAGAAAUCAUUGGUAAUUGAUUAUGAAGGGUAUCUGUGGGUGCAUGAAAUUCUACAAGAUAUGGGGAAAUUUAUUGCCUAUCAACAAUCACCUGAUGAUGCUGGGAAGCGUUCUAGGAUAUUAUCUUUAGAGGAUGCUAAUCAUUUGAAUCUUCCUUAUGGACUCAAGACACUUUCCAGUGAGUUGAAAAUCAUAGAAUGGGAGAGAAUUCCAGGCUGCUCAAAGCUUUCAAAGUUGCCCGAGAAUUUGAAUGAAAAUGAGGCUUUGGAAGAGCUUGAUUUGAGUAAAAUUGCUGUGAAAGGCAUGGCGGAGGUAAUGAGAUUCAAGGAAUUACAGGCAGAUGUGACAGGCAUGAAUGAACAUGUGAAGCACAACGAAAUCGCAAUCAACAUGAAGAUUGAAUAG